AUGGAAAGAUUAGAGGCAGACAUCCCGCAAAUCUUGUGUAAGUUAGAACGUAUAUUUCCUCCUGGGUUCUUUGACUCAAUGGAACAUCUGCCUGUGUACCUGCCAUAUGAAGCAAAGAUUGCUGGACCUGUACAAUAUCGAUGGAUGUAUCCUUUUGAAAGGUACCUCGGAACUCUUAAAAGAAUGAUUGGGAAUAAAGCUAGUGUUGAGGGUUCCAUUUGUGAAGCAUACUUGAUGAAGGAGUCAACACAUUUGUUUUCUCAUUAUUUUGAACCUCAUGUCAUGACACGUAAUCACGAUGUGGACCGUAAUGAUGAUGGUGGUGCUGUAGAAGAUCUUGAAGGAAAUUUAUCAAUAUUCACCCAUCCCGGUCGACUAUGGGGAGAAGCAAAAAAGAGGAAUUUAUCCCUUGAAGAAAUCAAGGCUGCCCAAACUUACAUUUUACUAAAUUGUAAAGAGGUUGAACCGUUUGUGAGUAUGUACGUGCAACGUCUGCAAGGAGAAUUCCCGAAUCUAUCUCAAGGUCAAAUAGAUGAGAGCCUUGAAGCAUAUUUCUCUAUAUGGUUCAAGGAAUAUGUCCGCUGCAACCAUAUUGAGAAUAAAUUCUUGCGUAGUCUUGCUCAUGGACCACUAAUAGGCGCUACAUGUCAUUCUGUGUAUUUUACUAAUGGAUACAAAUUUCACACAGACAGUCAUGGUAGCGCAAGAUCAACAAUGAACAGUGGAGUUUGUAUCUCGGAUCCAAAUUUUGGUGAUUACUAUGGACGGAUAAAAGAGAUUAUACAAGUGGAAUUUCGUGAAGAUCCUUUAAAGCAAACUGUGUUAUUCAACUGUGAAUGGUUUGAUCCAACUAUGGAUGUUGGUGUUAAAAAGCAUAAUCAGUACAAAUUGGUUGAUGUUAAUCAUCGUCGCCGAUAUAAAAAAUAUGAACCUUUUAUUCUUGCGAUGCAAGCAACUCAAGUGUGUUAUGUGUCGUAUCCUAGCAAGAAAAAGGAUAAGGAUGAUUGGGUCGCUGUGUUGAAAGUCAAACCUCAGAAUGUUGUUGAAUUAGCCGAUGAGGAAGUAAUGGUGACAGCUCCAGAUUUGAAUGUUCCAUUCCAAGUUGAAGAAGUUGAAGUCCACGAGAUAGAUAUGAAUGUUUCGAUUGAUGAAAAUAUACUCUUAUAUGAUCCAAACGGGAAUGCAAUUGUAAUGGAUGAACCCAUCGAUGAUAGGUCAUUGCCAGAGCAUCAUGAAAUCCAAAAUGAAUCUACAGAAGAAGAGUUUGAAACUGAAGAAGAGUAUGAAACUGAAGAAGAGUAUGAAACAGAGGAAACUACGGAGGAUGAGGAAGAGUUCGAAGAAGGAACAGAUAGUGACUAA